AUCUAUUCACAGGUUCAUUGAUGCCGUGAACAGCACAAGGUCGGGAGUACCUUUGUGUUUCCCGGAAGUUGAGGUCACCUUUGACCGAAGUCGAAAGAAGGGUAGCCUAUUCAGCCUGCAGGGUUGCCGCCACUGCCACACGCAUUCCGGUGAACUUUUAUGUCGGUUAGUAUUUAGUAAUGUUAUGUUUUUUUCACAGCACGUCGGGCUAUAAAACUGUGGGCUGCUGGCUCAAUAAUGAGCAAACAGUCAGACCAGCAUGUUGUCUCAAGCUCUGGAUAGCGGUCGCCGUAUCCGCAGGCACAUCAUGACAUUAUUCUUGUUCACAAAGUCCGACGUGUUCACAGUUCUUAUCCCAAUCACUUUAUCUACCUUCGCAGCUGCUUCCCAUCCCGAUAUAAAUCGCAUUCCGCACAUCAUCAUAUGGAUAUGGCUGCACCUCCUGAAACAUGAUAUAUAUAACCAGAUGCUGGAUCCAGAGGAAGACCGGAAAAACAAGCCUCAUCGACCUAUCCCUUCUGGUCGUAUAAAUGUCCAAAAUGCGGCGGAUGUGCGCUGGCUGCUAGUGCCAGUCUGCCUGAUAUUUUCUGCCAUGUAUGGCAUCAAGGUUCUUGCUUGCAGCGCUUGUCUAGAAGCCCUCAGCAUUUGGUACAAUGAGUUUGGUGGCGAUAGGACUUGGCUUUCGAAGAACCUAUUGACCGCCAUCGCAUAUACAAUUCUCGAAUUAGGUACAACCAUCGUGCUUGGAUCUAGCAUGGAUAACAUUUUGGCACGUGCAGCCGCCUUCAACUUUGUAGUGUUUGCAACGACGAUUCACGCACAAGAUUUUAAAGAUGAGGAGGGAGAUCUAUUGGCAGGAAGACGCACUCUUGUCACUUUGUUCCCUACCUUUGCGCGCAUGUCCAUGACGAUUGGCAUCCCACUUUGGUCACUCUGCCUUAGCAGAUUUUGGGAGGUAGAUAUCUUCUGUUCUCUCGCAUUCAUGGCGUACGGAACGAUUGUCGGGGCGAGAUUCGUGGUUUAUAGGACCGCGAGUGCGCACAAACAGUCGUGCAAACUAUAUAGCCUUUGGUUUGGCCUUGUGCACAUACUUCCCGGCUAUUGGCGAUUUUUCUACAGCACUUGACAUUGGAAGCCCAGUGCAAGUCGACACAGGUAGCAAUAUAUUACGAAGGAAAUACCUACAAUAAUGGACUAUAUAUUUUCUACUACAUUUCGAUGUCUUUGCGUAAAAGGCAUUUCUAUGUAAGCUUGGAGCUUACCACG